UCUCCGUCUUUUCAUUUGUCCAGUACUAGCUGAAGAAGGAAUGAAAUGCUACUGCAGUGAGCACUGUCCGGAAGACGCCCCCAACAACACAUGUAUACUCAGACCGGGCGGCUGGUGCUUCUCACAGAUACAGGCUGGAGAGGAUGGGGUCAUUCACGAAGGAGCCAUUGCGUCACAUGGUUGUCUAGCGCCCAUGGAGGAUGGUGGUCUUUUCCAAUGCAAGGGAAAGGCACACACGAUUCCACGCAUCAUGAUGUGCUGCAACGACAAGCCAAUGUGUAACCUAGGCUUAAGCCCGACGCUCGCCCCUACAACAACUGCAGAUAUUCCAGUUGAACCUCUGGAUCAGUACGAAUACGACACAGCUCAUCAAAUUGUACUCCUAGUCUCAGUAACAAUCUGCGCAGUCCUAUUCAUUCUUACAAGUACCUUCCUUUAUAUCAGGUUAAAAAAGAGGGAAGCCAGGAGGAGAUUUGACGUGGAGGUCAGCAGAACGCGGCAAAAUGAGACGUACAUCACUGACGGGGAAUCACUCAGCGAGCUUCUGAACCGAGUCUCUGGAUCAGGCAGUGGCUCUGGGCUUCCACUACUCGUUCAGCGCACGAUAGCCAAACAGGUGCAGUUAAUACGCUGCGUUGGGCAGGGGCGCUUCGGUGAGGUCUGGAAGGCCAAGUGGAGGGGAGAGCACGUUGCCGUCAAGAUCUACCUGACGGAAGAAGAAUCCAGCUGGUUCAGGGAGACGGAGAUUUAUCAAACGGUUCUCAUGAGGCACGAUAACAUCUUAGGUUUCAUAGCUGCCGACAUCCGAGGGUCUGGUUCCUGGACCCAACUCUUCCUGAUCACCGAGUACCACGAGCACGGGGCCCUGUUCAACUACCUACGCUACAACAUCCUGGACACCAAAGCCAUGCUGCUACUGGCCCACUCUGCGGCCAACGGCCUGGCCCAUCUCCACUCGGAGAUCUGCGGCAUGCAGGGCAAGCCUGCCAUCGCGCACCGCGACAUCAACAGUCGCAACGUCCUGGUCAGGGCCAAUGGGACGUGCGCCAUUGGCGACAUGUCGCGAGCAGCAAGGUUUUUAAGCGAGACCAACGAAGUUGACUUACCGACCAAAUCACGGACAGGCAACAGGCGGUAUAUGGCGCCAGAGGUGCUGGAUGGAACGAUUAACGUCAACGCCUUUGAAUCAUACAAGAAUGCAGACGUCUACUCAUUUGGUCUGGUCCUCUGGGAAAUCGCAAGAAGAUGUGUCACAAGAGGAAUAGUAGAAGACGCUCAGGUCCCGUACCACGACUUUGUCCCCAGCUCCAACCCGACUUACGAGGAGAUGCAGAAGGUUGUCAUUCAGGAGAGGAGAAGACCUGACAUUCCAAACAGGUGGAGUGGAGACGAUAGCCUUCUAUCAAUAGCAAGAGUCAUGACGCAGUGUUGGCAUCCCAACCCGGCCGCCCGUCUCACCAUGCUGCGAGUCAAGAAGACGUUAGCGAAAAUGCAAGAGGAGGACUUCAAGGUGUAACAUAUUCCCCCCUGCCAUCACUCCCUGCCCUGCCCACCUCUACUACAAGCCAUGGCUCUCCACACACAAGUUUUCCACAAUGGACUCAAUGUGUGGACAAUAAAUGGUGCUUUGUCACCAUUCGCGAAAGCUCUGGGGGAGAUGGGGUACAUGCGCACGAGUGUGAGCAUCAGGUACCAUCGGCAGUACGUUCAAAUGCCCCUCCCAGUGUCUCGCCCACUGUCUCUUAGGAACCGCUGAGGAGACCAUACUGUGCACCACCGAAACCUUUGGUGUUUCCAAACGUUGGCAUCAUGUCCAGCUGAGGCUGCAGGAGUUUUUCAGGCCCCUGACGUUGAGAACUCCAGCUCAAUAGAAUCACUGUUUUGCUUCAUGAACAUCAAAGCCUACAAUAUCAGAUCAAGGUGAACGGUGUUUCCAUUUUGUGUGCAUGUAAAAACUUUGGAACAAUUCUGGAGUCGGAGAUAUAAAAUUGGAAACUGGUACGAAGCCGUGGUUUCAAAAACAUCUUUGCCUCAAAGAUGCAUGUUUUCAGCACCAAAAUUUGGAACCAUGUGUAUUGGCAUAAAUAAGGGUCCACUGAUGAACUUAUGUGUCCAGAGCCAUUGUUGUGUUGUUUUUUUAUGCACUGCCCUGCCAAUUUGAAUUUCAAUUGAAAAGAUUAAAAAUUUGAAAGAUAAUUGCGGGUUGGCAAAUUCUCUCAGAUUUCAGACUUUGUUUUCUCUCGUCACAGAAACGGGUAUUUGGCUUUGUUUUCCACCAGUUUAAUGAUUUGGUUUCUCAAAAAAAUUCUAAGUUUUUCUUGAGAGAAUUUGUCAACUUGUACAGUUACAAGAUGGGACAAAUUGGAUGUCAUUAGAGUGUAAACUUCAUGCAACAGUCACUUAUGGCAUUAAAAAAAUGCAUUGAAUUGAAUGCAGCACAAUAUGUCUGUGACUGUUUCAUGAAUGGCAAAAUUCUACUUAGUUCUACUUAAGCCAGCCACACUGCGACAUUGUAGAUAUAAAAUAAAUGUUGGUCACAUUUUGUUUUUCAAAUAGCCAUAACCAUGUAUUGUGGGAAAGAUGCCAGAGCAUAUGAAUAUUCAUAUUUACUUUCAUGUAUUCAAAUUUAGUGUGUUUGCCAAAAUAAAUCUGAAUCUUUCCCAUAAUACUUGUCCCCUAAAUGACGAAUUCACCUUUGAAACUAUUAUGUUUUCUGUGAAAAUGUAUUAUCAGUUUAAACACCAAAGUUACACCCAGCUAUGAACCAAAAAGUGUUUUACAUUGUAUCGCUUAAAUACUAUAUCAGUCCCCUUUUCUUAAAAAAACCCCACAUUUUUCGUCGAAAUAUCUACAAGAUUGUACUCUUGACUAUGUUAGUGGCUUCCUUUUUUUCACGAAACUGAAAAAAAAUCCUGCCACUGUCAUAUAUUGAAUUGCGUUACCCUGGCCAAGUAAUGCCACUGCCUGCGCGUAGUGACUGAAGCUAUAUACUACAUUCGAAAAGAGAAUGCCACCAUUUUUCCAUUUUGACUUAUCUCAUCAAGGUCUUAACCGAAACAAGUAUCCUCUUUUUUUUCCCCCUUCCACAUUUUUGUGAAUUCGCUAAACUACCCAGCCCCUUUUUUACUUAGUUGCUUGGAUUUUUUGGUUCACCACACUGCCAACAAUUCAAAUUUUAAGUUACUCAAAAAGUGAAGCACUGCAAACAUUUCCUGAUAUGUCGUAAACCAAACAAGCAAUGAAACUGUUUGGCAACAUUUAGAACAUUUAGAGAAUUCUGAAGAAACAAAAUCUGCACUUUAGUGAUAAAAUUCUCCGUUUUUCUGCUCUCUAACUCGUGUGCCAAAAUGGGGUAAAGUUCCCAACUGUAAUUUUG